AUGGCUGCCAAGGCAGCACACGCUCUUGAAAAGCGCAAGCGCGUGGGAUCCAAGGCACCAAGCGUGUCCAGCGCAGCUCCAUCGAAAGGGAAAGGGUCGGCAUCGACGAAGGCAUCAAGGUCCACACCGAAGACCACACCGAACAAAAAAGAAAUGGAGGAAAAUGAAGGCAAGGCUACGCAGACCGGAAACACUCAAAUGGAAACUGGCAAGUGGCUCAAUCUCUUCCCGGAUCCGGAGCCACUACAGCCUAGCGCGACGCCCCGGCGUGUGCAACAACGGUCAAAAGCUAAGACGAUCAUCAUCGCCGUGACAACGCUGUUACUCGGCUGCGGGGCUCUGCUGGCGUUCCUGAUGUGGGCGAGUCAUCACGGCACGACACUGUACUGCAACACGGCCGAUUGUCGUAUACACGUUACUGAGCUCAAGGAAGCCAUGGACACUAGCGUCAAUCCCUGCGACGACUUCUACAGGUACACAUGCGGCUCCUGGAAGCCAAAGCGUAACGAGCGUUCCAUGAUCGCAAGGAUCUUCAACCAUAUGACCAAUAUUGCCAUUGAAGAGAUGGAGGGCCCUAGCGACAAAGCCGUGGUGCCCAAGGCGUUGGACUUCUUCAAGAGCUGCGCCCAGCGACGCGAUUUGACGCCGGCCGAUGUAAGAAUCUUCGUAGACUUCAAGCAGCAUCUCGGUUUCUAUUGGCCGGAGAAGGAGCAACCGGCCGUCGACGCGCUGUUCUCGUUGCUGAACAUGACCGUCAACUGGAAACUCAACUUCCUUUUCACGUUGCGAGCUCGUCCAGCGUACAAGCAAAGGCCGCAGACGCUGCACAUCAGUCGCGGGAUAUUGACCAGGAAGUGGGUGGAUCCUACGUGGACACCUCAAACGUUUGCCAAAGUCGUCGGGCUGCACUGCCGCUUGCUGGGGUCCGAGGCACCGAACGCCUCAUACGUCGCGGAACUGAAAACCACCGUAGAGGACAUCAUAGGUGCCACGCUCGAAACAGCGCCUGAAGCCACGCGCGACAUGGAGUUAUUUGCGCUCAAGGAAAUCGAGCUGCUGAUGCCCAAACGGGCGGACGACUGGCUUAGCAGCCUGAACAGACUGCACAGUCCACAGUUCACGUGGACUCUCGACAGCCCCGUCAUUCUGGAAGACGAAGCGAUACUGCAGAACACCCAAGCGCUGCUACAAAAAUACGACGAAAAGAAACAGACGCUUAUGGAAGGUUUAGCUUUCGUAUUCGUCCGGUCGACCCUGUGGCUACUCUCGGGAAAGCCCGAGUUACGGUACGCGGUCGAGCCGAAAGUGGGCAGCCACAUACGGAAGCGGGCUUGCCUCGCGUACACGGCCGGCAACUUCGGUCUGCUCGUCGUGGCUAAGCACAUCUACUCGCGCUACACCAGCACCGUGCGCGGCGAGCUCGAAGGUAUAUACCAGAGCAUCCAGGCAGCCAUCAAGCAGCAGUUGGAAGACGCCGAAUGGAUCGACGAAACCGCCAAGCACAAGGCGAUCGCCAAAAUCGACGAGCUUACGCUGGACGCGGUGCCCGAGGACCUGUUCUUCUCCGAAGUCGACAUGGCUCGGCUGUACAAGGACUUCCCCGCUAUCGGAUCGUCGUUCGUGAACAACUUCAUCUCGACGGCAGCCGCCUACCGACUCCUCAUCGGUCACGACAACUUCAUCAACGUCUAUUCCAAGGGGUUCGGCGACGGCGCGCCAAGCCGAUACAAUUACUACUACAACAUUGCCUACAUGUCGCUGGGCGCCAUGGAGCCUCCCAUACUCUACUUGAACGGCACCAUGGCCAUGGUUUACGGCAGCUUCGGCACGCUCAUUGCCGAGUCUAUGGUGCGCUCGUUCGACAAGCAUGGCGUGCGCGUCAACAACCGGGGCGAUAGAGAGCAAUGGUGGGACUCGCCGGCCUACACGGAACGAGUAAGCUGCGACUUUCUAGCGGACACUAAGUACGCUAGCAGCGACGCCACGUCCAGUGGAGACAAGCAGCCGCCAGUGCCCAGGCGCGAUCCUCGGGAGGUUCGACUCUCGGCCUUGUUCCCGUUGGCGCCGGCACUUAACACGUCGUUCGCUGAGUACCGCAAGACCAUUACCGUUGAUGGACACGCGCACGUCCACUGGCGCCUGCAAGGCCUCGACAACACCGACGACCAGGUGUUUUUCCUCACCUACUGCCUCAUGACGUGCGCCGUCAACAGCACCGGCGAGUCGUGCAACGUGCCACUGCGACAGCUGCCGAAAUUCGCCAGUGCGUUCCGGUGCAAGCCCAACUCGCCGAUGAACCCAUCGAAGAGGUGCACUUUCUUCUAG